ACGAGGUAUAGUACUAAUCGCAUGCGAAGCCAGCUCGGCUGCUGUACUGUGAGGACAUAUCCACUAAAGGCGCGAGAAGCAGUAGACAGCAGUAUUUCAGCUUCACGUGGGAUAUAUCACCUUUAAUCUCGACACUAUGGAAGAUUCGACCAUGAUGCCGACGACAAUAAUGAACUGGACGAUGAACACGACGGGGAACGAAACCUUGAUUGAACCGUACACUGGUCCGGAUCUUAAGCUCGCGACAAAGGUGAUCAACAUGAUCCUCCUGAUGCUUCUCAUGAUCUCCAUGGGAUGUACUCUCAACUACAAGGAUUUUAGAAAGACGAUCCGUCGUCCAACUGGUUUCUUCAUUGGUAUGUUAUGCCAGUUCGUCCUUAUGCCCCUGAUUGGCUUUUGUAUUGCACUAGCCUUUCAACUACCUUCAGCAGGGGCUCUAUCACUGCUAAUCCUUGCCUGCUGCCCCGGUGGCACCCUCUCUAAUCUCUACACCUACUGGGUCGAUGGAGAUGUCUGCCUCAGCGUGUGCAUGACAGCAGCUUCGACAGCGGUUGCUAUCGGAAUGAUGCCCCUCAAUCUCUUCAUCUAUAGCCGUGUGUGGACCGACGACAAGGCGAUCAUUCCCUAUGUCAACAUCGUUACAACUCUGGUCAUCAUCCUCGUCCCCGUCGCUUUCGGUGUAUUCCUGAAUUGGUGGAAAAAAUCACUGACUAAGCAUAUUACUAGGAUUGGCAUCGUCUGUUCCUUCAUCUGCCUCAUUUUCGCCAUCGCCAUCAGCAUCAUAAUGAACCCUGCCUUUUUCAAGGCUGGAUGGAGGCUCUGGUUCUGUGCCGCAAUACUUCCGAUGAUAGGCUUCUGUAUGGGUUACAGUAUCGCGCGCCUGCUCCGUCAACCUCAUAAGAAGUGCCGCUCCAUCGCCUUCGAGACCGGUUCACAGAACGUAUCUUUGGCCUUGACCAUAACCGUCGUCACCUUCGCUGACUCUCCUCUCUUUCUUGACAUGCUCUUCUAUCCCUCCCUCUACCUCUGUUUCAUAAACAUCGAUUCCUUUACCGUGAUCUUCUUGUAUAAGAUCGUCACCUACUAUCGAGAGAAGAACUGUCCACGAAAAGAGAAGGAACCCAACGACAAAGACGUUGACGACGAGGAUGACGACGAUUCUAACAAUAAAGAGAGCGACGAGAAGGAGAGCACAAAAAAUCAAGAAAUGAAACCCAUGUACAAAAAAAUCUUCAACAAAAAUGGGGAGAUAUGA